AUGCCGCGCAAGGCUGUUGCUGCGGCAAAGAAGGAGCGGUCACCUAGCGAGAAGAGUGUGUCUAGCGUGGACAGCAUCUCGAGCCUUCCAGCCAUCAAGGAAGCCCGUAUAGAGGAUGGGACUGUGGCGGCUGCGCAGGUACCUCCACGCUCACUUUCUCCACCGGGAUCCUCUGCCGCCAUGCCAGCCGCUGCCGAGGAGGUUGUUCCUCUUGCCGCACUCGUAGCUGUUAAUGUGGACCGCAACGAGGAGGCCAGUUUUGGGCUGCUGAAGGAGCCGGGCCCGCCCUCCGCAGAUGUCCGGCGUGUCACGAAGGAGGGCGAGGGUGCGCCUGCCAUUCCGACAGAUCUGUUGCAGCUACUAAGUGGGUAA